UAAAUAGUCCCUUCAUUACCUUAUAAUAGUAACAUACAAACUUACACAUCGAGAGAUACUUAUUCAGUAGUGUGUUUACUUGGAUUUGAGUGUAUUUUCAUAUAAUAUUUCAGUCAUAGAUAGCGAUUCAAGAUGCCAAUUAAAAAACUUCAACCAGCAAAGACUAUUCCCCCAUUACCAAGAAUAAAAAUCAGAAAUCCAGUUGUGUCUAAAUCAACCAAUCAAUGUUUAGUGUUUAUGUCAUCGUUAUUGAACUGCUGGGCUGCCAACGGAGAUGGUUCAGCGCAAUGUAUAAGUUUUGAACAUGAUUUAAAAAAUUGUAUGGAAACUUAUAAACCAGAAAAAGAGGUUCGUAGUUCCAUAAAUUAUCAUGCUCAAAGAUUAUAUCCUAAGAUCAGAGGAAGAGUUCAUGAUUGAAGAGUUGAUUAAUAAAGUUUAAAUUCAAUUGUAUAUAGGUUUAAUAAAUUUGAAAG